AUGUCAGCACAAACGGUCAUUGACAGGGCCGCUAUAGCGCAGGCCGAGGUCUUCGUCAAGCAGCACAUGGCGAACAACGACCCGUCUCACGACUGGUGCCACGUGGACAGAGUUCGCCAUCUUGCUUUGCAUAUUGCUCGCAACGAACGGAGGAAUGCUGAUGUGGAGAUAGAUUUGUCGUUGGUGGAGUUGGCUGCUCUUUUGCACGACGUUGGAGACGCGAAGUAUCAGACUGACAGUCGGACGCACAGAGAAGUGCUCAUGGAAUUUCUGAACCAAAAUGAAGUCCCGAGCGAUGUGGCCGGCAAAGUGUGCUACGUCGUCGAAAAUGUCUCUUUUAGGAAAGAACUACAGGCCCCAAGCGAUGGGGUUCCGGAGGCAGAAAAGGACGAUGUAGCAAAGGCCCUUGACCUUGUAUUGGACAUCGUCCGGGACGCCGACAAACUAGAUGCGAUGGGAGCUAUCGGCAUCGCACGUUGUAUGGCGUUCAGCGGAGCCCGGGGUCGCGUUUUGCACGAUCCCACAGAGCUGCCAGCGAAACAACUGACGAAGGGCGAGUACGAUAACGCGCUGAAGCAGAACAAAGGAGCGGCCAUCAACCACUUUUAUGAGAAACUUUUCACAUUGAAAGACAGGAUGCGGACGGAGACAGGCAAGGAAAUGGCGCAGACUCGCCAUGAGUUUAUGCAGGCUUAUGUUGCACAGUUUUUAUCCGAGUGGGACGAGGCUAGCGGAGCGGCCCCACCAUGA